AUGGCGGCGACCGCCCCCAGUGCUGGGGGUUCCGCACCUGAGGCGGCGGCUUCCGCCGAAGCUCCGCUGCAGUACAGCCUUCUUCUGCAGUACUUGGUGGGCGACAAGCGUCAGCCCCGGCUCCUGGAGCCUGGGAGCCUGGGCGGGAUCCCGAGUCCAGCCAAGAGUGAGGAGCAGAAGAUGAUCGAGAGGGCGAUGGAAAGCUGCGCCUUCAAAGCUGCGCUGGCCUGCGUGGGAGGAUUUGUCUUGGGAGGUGCAUUUGGGGUGUUCACUGCUGGCAUUGAUACCAAUGUGGGCUUUGACCCUAAGGAUCCUUACCGUACACCGACGGCCAGAGAAGUUCUUAAAGACAUGGGCCAGAGAGGAAUGUCCUAUGCCAAAAAUUUUGCCAUUGUGGGCGCCAUGUUUUCUUGCACUGAAUGUUUAGUGGAAUCUUACCGGGGAAAAUCAGAUUGGAAGAACAGUGUCAUUAGUGGCUGCAUCACUGGAGGAGCCAUUGGUUUCAGAGCUGGCUUGAAGGCUGGGGUCAUCGGCUGUGGAGGUUUUGCUGCUUUCUCUGCUGCGAUUGACUAUUACCUACGGUGA